CUAGGUCAUGGUACCCGACAUAGCGAUCAUCAAAUUGCGUCAGUCAGUAAACAUGACGAAAGCAAUUCAACCGGUCUGUCUGCCAAAGAACGGAGACAAGCUGGGUUUGGGAGCAACGCUUUACGCCACAGGUUGGGGCGCCACAGACGGCUUACACACAAGAUUCCCCCAGGAGCUUAAGCAAGCCAUGGUCAAGGCCAUGCCAAUUGACAUCUGCAGGAAAAAAUGGGGAGCCAACAGGAUCUCUGAACUCAUCUGCGCCGAACAUCAAUACGGAUCUAUUUGUGAAGGUGACAGCGGCGGUCCCGUGGUACGCCAGGAACACGGAACGUGGACUCUACACGGGAUCGUCAGCUCCACUCCGUUUAUCUGCGGUACGAUGCUCGGACCGCAAGUGUUUGUGGAGGUUUCCGCCUACGUGAACGACUUCAUCGACCCCUACCUGAAGCUCGGCGGCCUUGAAGAUAUAUGUCACAUUGUAAGACCUGACGAGUAAACAGUAAUGCACAUUCCAGCGUAACUGAAAAAUAAAAAUACGACAAAAAAUAAAUGAAACUUUUCACUAGCAAGAAGCAGCUUCCAAUAAAUCUUCUGUAGUCACUGAAACAAAAUCUAAUUACAUUACACGCUCAAGCAACUUA